AUGGGUAAGAGAAAGGAAGAAAGUAUUUCAAAGCCCGGAUCCCAUAAAAGGCAGAGACAAGAAUACACAGAUGAACAUAGUGAUGAGUCUAAUGAAGAAGAAAAUUCACAGUUAUCAGCUGAUAGUAAUUUCUCUUCACUGUCGACUGUAGGGGAAGUUGGGAUAAUUGAAAGUAUCCAGUUGAAGAACUUCAUGUGCCAUUCGAUGUUGGGGCCUUUUCAGUUUGGAUCAAAUCUCAAUUUUGUUGUUGGAAACAAUGGAAGUGGAAAAAGUUCUGUAUUAACUGCUCUUAUUGUUGGACUUGGUGGAAAAGCCACUGCAACUAAUAGAGGUUCCUCAUUAAAAAUGUUUGUACGAGAUGGAGAGACUUCUGCAGAUAUUUCCAUAACAUUGCGAAACCAAGGUAGAGAUGCAUUUAAACCAGAAGUGUAUGGUGGCUCUAUUAUUGUGAAUCAGCACAUUAACCUGGAUGGAAGCAGAAGUUACAAACUGAAAAGCAAAUCUGGGACCUUAAUUUCUUCAAAGAAAGAGGAACUCAUAGGAAUACUGGAUCACUUUAAUAUACAGGUAGAUAAUCCUGUGUCUAUUUUAACCCAAGAGAUGAGUAAGCACUUUUUACAGUCUAAAAAUGAAGGUGACAAGUACAAGUUUUUUAUGAAGGCAACUCAGCUGGAACAAAUGAAAGAAGAUUAUUCAUCCAUUAUGAAAACUAAAGAAAAUACAUGUGUUCAGAUAGAACAAGGAGUAGAGCGUCUUCAAGAACUUAAGGAUCUUUAUUGUGAAAAAAAAGAACGUUACAAAAGCAUUGGGUUUGUGAAUGACAUGCGAAAUCAUCUCGAAGAUUUGAAACAUAAAAUGGCGUGGGCAGUGGUGGGUGAAAUGGAAAAAGAAAUACAGCCAAUCAAAGAAGGCAUCAGAGCUGAAGAAGGAAAUACAGAGAAGUUUGUUCAGAAGAUAGAAGAGUGCCAGGUAAAAGUGAAUGAAGCAGAAGAAAAGUACAAAGCAAUACAAGACAGGUUAAUAACAAUAAGUGAAGAAGCACAAGCCCUGCAUCCUCAGUGUAUUUCUUUGAAGGCUGAUGUCCAGGCAAGAAGAAAAGCAGUCAAUGAAGCUGAGGUACUUUAUAAUCGUUUCAAAACUGAGUUAAAACGUCUGGGAAAAGACGAUGAACAGCUACGUAAACGAAUUGAAGAACUGAAAAGCAGUGCUAAUCAGAUUUCAGAGCCUGAAAAAUUGGAAAGACAAAGAAAAAUCGCACACUUAAGGGAACAGUUAAAGGCAUUCCAUGAUGAAGAAAUAAUGAUUGGUCAACAGGUGGAUCAGUUUCAGCAGGCUAUAUAUAAGUGUAAGGAAGAACAUGCUAGACUUAGGAGAGAAGACACUGAUGCAAAACAAGCACUGGAUGCCAAGCAGAAACAGCUGAGAGAGCUGAAAGAUAGUAAAACAAAUACCUUAAAAAGAUUUGGACCACAUUUUCCAACAUUUCUUGAGGCAGUUGAAACAGCCUAUAGGCAAGGGCGCUUUAAACACAAACCUGUCGGACCUUUAGGUGCUUUCAUUCAUCCGAAAGAUGCUGAACUGACCUUGGCUAUUGAAUCUUGCUUAAAGAGCCUAGUUCAGGCAUUUUGCUGUGAUAAUCAUAGUGAUGAAAGAACUCUUCAGUUACUGAUGUCCAAAUAUUAUCCACAUGGAUUUAGACCUCAAAUAAUUGUAAAUAAAUUUCAGAAUACAGUUUAUGAUGUUAGACACAGAGGAGUUCAUCAUCCAGAAUUCCCAUCAGUUCUCACGGCACUGGAAAUAGAUAAUGCAGUGGUUGCCAAUUGUUUGAUUGAUGUGAGGGGUAUAGAAACUGUCCUGCUGAUUAAAAGUAGCCGUAGAGCUCGUGAAGUAAUGCAGUCUAAUCGUCCCCCAAAAAAUUGUAGAGAAGCUUUCACUGCUGAAGGUGAUCAAGUAUUUGAAAGACGAUAUUACUCUUCUGAUUACGUCAGACCCAAGUUCCUAAGCAAAGAUGUUGAAGCAGAUAUAAGUCACUUGGAGAAAGAAAUUGAAAACAAAAAGGCACAGAUGACAGCAUCUCAGCAACGUUUAUAUUCCAUUGAAAAUGAGAUUAGGCAAAAUGAAGACCAUCUUCAUGGUCAUCGACGACACCAAAAAGAUUUACAGAUAAAAAUAAGAACAACAAAUGCAGAAAUAGCAGAUCUUGAAAAUAUGGAAGAACACCAGUCAGUGGACAUCCGUACAUUAGAAGAUGAAGCCGAAGAAAAUAAGGGUAAGAUGGAAUCUGUAAAAAAAGACCUGCAGCAACAAAGCAGAAAAAUGGAAGAACUGAAAAAUAUUCUUCAGGUAGCUGAAAAAAAAUUUGAAGAAAUGAAAGAAAAAAUUCAUCAAGUAGAAGAAAUUGCUGGUCCAAUUAAGGAUGAAUUAAACCAAGCUGACUCAGAAGUGGAAAACAGUAAACGCCGUUUGCAGCACUAUGAAGACAAACAGAAAGAACACUUGGCUUGCAUAAAAAGACACAAAGAACUACUAGCUACCAAAGAAAAAGAAUUGGAGGAAAGAAUUGCACAAGCCAGGCAAAUCUACCCAGACCGCAUAGAGGUCAGCAGAACUGUUAAGAGUCUUGAUGCAGAAAUGAAUCGCUUGAGAGAGAGGAUAAAUUCAGAAAAUGAUCGCCAUGGAAACAGAGAAGAAAUAAUACAGCAAUUUCAUGAUGCAAAGGAAAGAUAUGAGGAUGCCAGCAGUAAAGUAAGGAACUUAAAGAAAUUUAUUAGGCUGCUGGAAGAAAUAAUGACACAGAGAUUCAAAAUAUAUCGUCAAUUCUUAAGGCUCCUUUCUUUACGAUGCAAACUCUACUUUGACCAUUUCUUACGUAUUCGAGCUUGCUCUGGAAAAAUACUUUUUGAUCACAAGAAUGAGACACUUUCAAUAACAGUUCAGCCUCGAGAGGAAGACAAGGCUUCUCUUAAUGACGUGAGAUCCUUAUCAGGAGGUGAACGUUCCUUCUCAACAGUUUGUUUCAUUCUUUCUCUGUGGUCCAUUACUGAAUCUCCUUUCAGAUGCUUGGAUGAAUUUGAUGUCUACAUGGACAUGGUUAACAGAAGAAUUGCAAUGGAUAUGAUUCUUAAGGUGGCUGACUCUCAGCAUCAUCGACAGUUCAUUUUACUCACCCCACAAACCAUGAGUUCUCUGCCUACAAGUUCCCAUAUUCGAAUCCUCCGAAUGCAAGAUCCUGAAAGAGGCCAAAGAACAUUGAAUUUCCAAAAGAGGAAUGACAGAGAGGAAGAUCAAUAA